GUUUUUGCUAAUAUUUAUUGAAACUUGAAUAAUCAGUAAUGAUUAUUUUAUGAAAUAUAACAGGAAUGUAUAUAUACAUUUAGAGUAUAAAUUAUACUGUCUACAUCUAUGAAUAUUUAUUUAUACUUAUUAUUUACAAUGAAAACAAUACUUAGGCUGCCAUAUCGUCGGGGUUGAACAUACCCUAAAAUAUAACCACAAUGGAUAAAAUUUAAAAAAAAAAUAACCCCACUUACCCUAGCACGUCUCAAAAUAGAAUCCUUGCUGGCAUCAUACGGGUGAUCUUUCGACGGGAUUUCUAAUACUGCAGGGACGGGUUGGUUGUGACCAUCAAUCACGUGACGAAUAGUUUCGGCGAUGUUUUGAUUAAUAAGAAUUAUGUCGAUGUCAUCUCGUUUAAUGAACCGCUUGAAACACUCCUCGAUUUCACCAAUGGGAGUGGCUGAGAAAUAAAAACAUUAACAAUUGUGACUGAAUUAAACUAUUUGUGUACCUUUAUCCACCACCAUAAAGUUGGAGUGGCGAUUUUUGUUGAUUUCACCUACUCCACCCAGUAAAAACCCUACACAGGUGUCCUAAAAAUAUUAUUAUAAGUAAGUAUGAAUAUUUACGUGUGGAAUAAAUACCUCGUCGCCGAUAACGGAAAUAAGCUUCCCUUUGGCUGCAGAAUGUAGGGCCAUUUUCACGAAAUAAUCUUAUUAGAUUUUCGGAGUCAAUUAAAUCACCUGACAAAAGCAGCUGACUAUUUUGACAAUUACUGUAACUCGAAAAUCCCUAAAUUAUCGCUAAACUUCACAACAAUAUUGCGGUACUGCCAACACAACGGCACGUAAAUUUAAAUUAUUGACGUUUUUUUGGGGGUUAGGUUUGUUAAAACAGAAAAACAAUGUCCAACUCGAAAUUGGCGCAGGUUAAGGAGGCCAAAGAGACAUUUCAGGCUUUAAUGGAGCUGUCUCGUUUAUUGUGCACUGGUUUGGAUAAAGAAACUAUGUCGAUUUGUGUGAGGCUUUGCGAAGCCGGGGUAAACCCCGAAGUUCUCGCCACGGUAGUGAGGGAACUUCAGAAAGCUGUGGAAAUGCAGAAUGAAAACUCGAUGGCCGAUCAAACUUCAUAAAAAAUUUAUUGAUAAAAAAAAAUAGUUUUAAGUUGUAAUUUAAUAAAUUAUUUAUUAUAGUAUGGAAUGUUUAUAGUUCUUCCUUCUUCUUGGAGAAUUUUCCUGGGUAGACUUUACUUUCUAUUGUUACACUUUCGCACCGUUCUUGUUCCACCAAAUACUCUUUUGCAGUCCAAGCUUGAGAACCAUCUUUGAAUAGAAAUAUUGCUCUAUCAUCGCCCACUAAGUAU